AUGAAUAGGAUUAAUUCAAAUGUUGAUGAUACAAUAAGGGAGGUGAAAAGCCAGGCAAAGAAAAUUAAUGACAAUGAGUUUAUACAAAUUUUGAAAAAUUAUGGUGAUAGCAAUAUUAUCAAUCAAUUUAAUGAAAUUUAUCAUAAUUGGAAAAGUUUAAAACUCCCGAACAUUAUUGAUUCUAUUAUUCAGAGAAAUGAACAAGAAUUUAAUCAAAAAAAUGAUCAAAUAUUUGAAACAAAACGUGAUCAAAUUUCAAACCAACAUUUUAUAUCUAUAUGUGAUCAAAUUGAGUCCAAAUAUUCAACUGGAAAUCUUUUAAAGAUCAUGGAUAUAGAUGUUAAUG